AUGGCGAGACAAUUAGUUUUGCUGAAUUUAAAAUUUCUUUUUUUUUUUCAUCAGUUGUAUUCCCUGAAUGACUACAAACCACCAAUUUCUAAGGCGAAAAUGACCCAAAUUACUAAGGCAGCCAUCAAAGCCAUUAAGUUCUAUAAACAUGUGGUACAGAGUGUUGAGAAAUUCAUUCAGAAAUGUAAACCAGAAUACAAGGUACCUGGACUUUACGUUAUUGAUUCCAUUGUACGACAAUCUCGACAUCAGUUUGGUCAAGAAAAGGAUGUGUUUGCACCCAGAUUUAGUAAUAACAUCAUUAGCACUUUCCAGAAUUUAUAUCGUUGCCCUGGGGAUGACAAGAGUAAAAUAGUGAGAGUAUUAAACUUGUGGCAGAAGAAUAACGUAUUUAAGAGUGAGAUUAUUCAGCCUCUUUUGGACAUGGCAGCAGGGAUCCCUCCUCCCGUGGUCACGCCUGUCCUGGCCAGUGCGACUGCUGCUAUGAGCAAUACCCCAGGAACUCCUGUGACUCCUGUUACUCCAGCCACUGUGGUCCAAGGUUUGCCUGAUCCAUGGGUUUCCCAGAUAGCAAAUACAGAUACCCUCACAGCCGUAGCUCAGAUCUUGCAAAGUCCUCAAGGCCAGCAGUUUCAGCAGCUAAUACAGACUUUGCAGAUACAGCAGCAGAAGCCUCAGCCCUCCAUCCUGCAGGCCCUGGAUGCUGGGCUUGUGGUUCAGCUGCAGGCUCUGACGGCUCAGCUUACAGCUGCGGCUGCCGCAGCGAGCACACUCAAUCCCUUAGAACAGGGAGUGGCCUUUAACAAGAAGUUGAUGGAUAGGUUUGAUUUUGGGGAAGAUUCUGAGCACAGUGAAGAAGCCAAAAAGGAAAUUCCAACUUCUCAACUUGCUCAUGUUUCGGAAUCUGUGAACAAUUCCAUUUUUCAUCAGAUAGCAGAACAACUACAACAGCAAAACCUGGAACAUCUCAGACAGCAGCUCCUGGAGCAGCAGCAGCCUCAAAAGGCAACCCCUCAGGAUAGUCAAGAAGGAACAUUUGGGUCCGAGCAUUCCGCGUCACCGUCACAGGGGAGCAGCCAACAGCAUUUCCUUGAACCUGAAGCAAAUUUGGAUGAUUCCAUAGAUAUUCAGCAACAGGACAUGGAUAUAGAUGAAGGGCAAGAUGGAGCGGAAGAGGAGAUCUUUGAACAAGAAGCAAAGAAAGUGGCUGUUCGCUCGAGAUCGAGAACACACUCACGAUCCCGUUCAAGAUCACCAAGAAAACGAAGGUCUAGGUCACGAUCUGGUUCUCGAAAGCGUAAACACAGAAAGCGAUCACGCUCGCGCUCAAGGGAAAGAAAAAGGAAAUCAUCACGUUCGUAUUCCAGUGAGAGAAGAGCGAGAGAAAGGGAGAAAGAGCGACAGAAGAAGGGCUUGCCUCCAAUUAGAUCAAAAACGUUAAGUGUGUGUAGCACUACUCUCUGGGUUGGUCAGGUGGACAAGAAGGCCACACAGCAGGAUUUAACCAACCUGUUUGAAGAGUUUGGACAAAUCGAAUCCAUUAAUAUGAUUCCUCCCAGGGGCUGUGCUUAUGUCUGCAUGGUUCAUCGACAAGAUGCAUUUCGGGCUCUUCAGAAACUUAGCUCUGGAUCAUACAAAAUCGGGUCCAAGGUCAUUAAGAUUGCUUGGGCUUUAAACAAAGGUGUAAAAACAGAAUACAAACAGUUCUGGGAUGUGGAUCUUGGAGUCACAUAUAUACCCUGGGAAAAAGUUAAAGUGGAUGAUUUGGAAGGUUUUGCAGAAGGAGGCAUGAUUGAUCAGGAAACUGUAAAUACUGAGUGGGAAACUGUGAAAAGCUCAGAACCUGCUAAAGAGACGGUCCAGACAACACAGAGCCCAACUCCAGUUGAAAAGGAGACAGUGGUCACAACCCAGGCCGAGGUUUUCCCGCCACCUGUUGCUAUGUUGCAGAUCCCAGUAGCACCUGCUGUGCCUGCAGUUAGCUUGGUCCCACCAGCGUUUCCUGUGUCAAUGCAGGUUCCUCCUCCUGGAUUCAGUCCAAUCCCGCCACCGUUUCUACGGGCAAGUUUUAACCCUUCACAACCACCUCCUGGUUUCAUGCCACCUCCAGUCCCACCACCUGUUGGACCGCCACCUACUAUUCCCCCAGUAGUACCAACAUCUUUAGUGCAGCCGCCAUUAUCCAUGACUCCAGAAACUGUGAAAGAUGUUGGAUUUGGUAGCAUUAUUUUACCAGGUGGUUCUGUUGCCAGCGGUCUUGCUACUUCUGCCUUGGCAGCUGGAAAUGUUUUUAAUCCUCCAACUAAACAAGCAGAGCCUGAAGAAAAAGUACCUCAUCUUAUAGACCACCAGCUUCCUUCUGGUGAAAACACCAGAUCAGUGAUUCAAAAUGAUAUUUCCAGUAGCUCUGCAAUUUUAGGACAGCCGCCAAAUGUGACAAGCAAUUCUGGAAUUAUGGGAGUUCAGCGACCAAAUGUGUCAAGUAAUGCUGAAAUUCUUGGAGUCCGGCCAUCUAACGUUUCCAGUAGUCCUGGGAUUAUGGGACCUCAGCCACCAAAUAUUCUCAAUAACUCUGGAAUUUUGGGAAUACAGCCACCAACUGUUUCGAGUAGUUCUGGACUUUUGGGAGUGCUCCCCCCAAAUAUCCAUAACAAUUCUGGACUUAUAGGAGUACAGCCACCAAAUGUCCCAAAUACAUCUGGACUUUUGGGAACACAGCCACCAGCUGGGCCUCAAAACUUACCCCCUUUAAAUCUCUCUAGUCAAAGAAUGCCUGUACUGCCAAUGUUAGACCUUCGUCCAGGACUAAUGCCGCAGGCUCCUGGACCAAGGUUCCCUUUACUACAGCCUGGAAUUCCUCCCCAACGAGGACUCCCUCCCCCAUCGGUACUUGAUUCCGCCUUUCACCCACCCCGUGGUCCUUUUCCUCCAGGAGAUAUUUUCGGUCAGCCAGAAAGACCUUUUCUAGUUCCUGGAAGGCAAAGUAUAGACAAUAAUCCAGAGAAAAGGAUACCACUUGGGAAUGACAAUAUUCAGCAGGAAGGAGAUCGAGAUUACCGGUUUCCUCCCAUCGAAACCAGGGAAAGCAUGAGUCGACCUCCUCCUGUGGAUGUUAGGGAGAUGGUCGGACGGCCCGUGGAUCCGAGAGAAGGUCCUGGCAGGCCUCCGUUAGACAGGGAGCAUUUCGGAAGACCUCCUGUGGAUAGCAGAGAGAAGCUCGUGAGGCCAGGGAUGGAGCACCUUGGUCGGAGAGACCACUUCGGCUUUAACCCAGAGAAGCCGUGGGGACACAGAGAUUUUGAUGAGCGGGAGCAUCGCGUCCUACCUGUCUUUGCUGGUCCGAAAGGCUUGCAUGAAGAAAGAGGCAGAUUUCGAGCCGGAAACUAUAGAUUUGAUCCCAGAAGUGGUCCUUGGAACAGAGGAUUUGGACAAGAAGUUCCCAGAGAUUUUGAUGACCGCAGAAGACCCUGGGAGCGGCAGAGGGAUAGGGAUGACAGAGAUUUUGAUUUCUGCAGAGAAAUUAAUGGAAAUCGUCUUGGACGAGAUAGGAUUCAAAACACCUGGGUCCCCCCUCCUCAUGCUCGGGUUUUUGAUUUUUUUGAAGGGGCCACUUCUCAGCGAAAAGGUGAUAAUGUGCCUCAGGUUAAUGGUGAGAAUACCGAGAGACAUGCUCCACCACCACCACCUUUACCAGUGCAGAGUGAUCCUGAACUUUAUGAGAAACUGACACCUUCAAGUGACAUAAACAAGGAGAAGAGUGACACAGUUGCUGAUGUAGAAAGUGAACCAGUGGUAGAAAGCACAGAAACUGAGGGGACAUAAUCAUCACUCAGUAGGUAAAAGAUACCUUUUGUAAAGUUGUCAUCUCUCUGUAAUAGCUUAAUGGCCGACGGGACCAUAGUUGUUCACUUUUGUCUGCCAGAAUUAAGUUAAUCUGAUGUUCAUGUUCACCUUUCUCUUAAAAUAAUUGUACAACUGACUUGUAUAGACAUUGUUCUUAAUAUGAACAUGGGUAGGUAAACAUUUUUUUUAUUUUUCUGAUAAAUGUUGCCCCAGAUUCUUUUAACUUCAAGGAAAUGAAUAACAGCUUGUCAGAGACUUCCUAUGGAAGAAAGCAUUUUUUAGAUACUACCAUUAGGUCGGAUAUGGUAAUAGGUAUAUUUCAGAAUAGCCAGUGGUGGCAUAUCUUAUCCACAUCUUUAGGCUGCUGCAGGAUUUUAAGGUAACAGACAAAGCUGUGAUAUUUUAUGCAAAGACUGGCUCUAGAUCACUUGAGGAGCACCAUACAGAGAUUUUAAAAAGUGAUUUUGUAAAAUCUACACUGUGGUCUCUGUUUCUCCAAAGUAAGUGUUUGUGAUCUGUUCCUCAUACUGCAGUGAGUAAAAAGGAAAAAAAGAAAACAGCAUAAAUAUUAAAAUACGUUUCAAUGUUGGGUGAAUUUUGUUUUUAGAUGCCAAUAAAACUUAUUUGUUUGAUAACA